CUAGGAAGAAAGCACAGGGUCCGACACGCUGGCCGUGGUACAGUGAGCCGGCGGACCACUACCACUAUCACAACCACAACCACUACAGGGUGCGUUUGUGUGGGCAACGCCGCCAGCCCGGGGUCGGCUGGCCACCAGGUCGACUGGUUCCAGCCAGACGGAGGGUUCGCGCAAACGCACCCCGCGCUAGUCGAUUUAGAACCGCAGUGCUCCUGCGGUGAGCUCACUGUAGAUCUAAACCCCGGCGACCCUCUGCCGACCGGCUUGAGCACGACCGACCCCGUUGCAGCGAGGUGGACGGCGAACUUGCAGAUCUCUAGCGCGGGCGACUAUAGGUUCCAGGUGACUUCGGUCGAGAAAGCUUGGCUAUACGUGGACGACAUCAGAUACGACGCAACUCCCGCCAUAGAGAACCCCAACUCUGGAACCACUAUGAGCUCAAACUUCAUUGCCUUCACUGCAGGCUCGUCCAUUGCCCUGAAGCUCGAGCUCUACGCCUCCGCUGCAAGCAACGCCCAGAUGCAAUUGCAAUACUCUGGUCCCGACACAUCUAAUGCGUUUCAGGCCAUACCGUCCACCAAGGUUUUGCAGCGGGAUCCCCAUGAGAGACCUGUGAUCUCCAUCGACCCAUUGAUCACAUACGUGGUGCACAAUGAAAUGUGGUCUCCCGCAGACGGCGUCACAUGUCGUGACUCGAGCGGCACGCCACUGAGUAUCAGUUUCGACGCUUCCCAAACAAGCACAACCGUGAUCGGAGGCCCUUACACCGUGACGUAUACUUGCGAGGACAGUCUGAGCUUCACCUCCACGAUGGACCGGACGUUCUUCGUCCGAGGGCUUCCGACCAUCACUCUCAACGGGCCUGCUGAGGUGCGAUUGCGACAGGGUGUACCGUACGUCGAACUCGGUGCUUGCUGCACGGAUUCUGAAGGUAAGGCCGUUUCUAUGGAUUCGCCAGCGUCAUCAGUCAACGUGAAUGUUGCGGGGCAAUAUCCUCUGGUGUGGUUUUGCACCGACACGUAUACUCAGAGGUACACAACCGCGCAGCGGAACGUCAUCGUGGAUUCUCCGCCAUCCAUGAUCAGGUUUGGUACCUCCGUAACAAAAACGACCAGGGGCGUUAAUUACGUUGACGCUGGCGUGGUGUGCACCGACCGGGAAGACGGUCUGAUCGUUCAGAUAGGAGGCGAUGUUGUCGACGAGCAGAUCCCCAUCCUUAGUAUCGAGGUUUUUCCUGGGGCCGUCGGAGACAGCAACGACGCCAUCGAUGGUCAGGAGAGCGUGUCCGUUUGUGCAUCGGCUUGCUUCACUUUCCAGGAUCAGAUCGUCUUCGACCUUGGCAGUACGCGCACGAUCCAUGAGGUCCGCAUCUACCAUCCAGGCGGUGGCGCGACGAAUACGCUCGACUCUAUCCGGGUGCUCCCGCAUAAGUUUUUCGACCCCACAGCGGACGACUGGAAUCAUAAGUGCGCGGGGAGCCAGACCUUGAGCCAGGGCUGGAACACCAUUGCCUGCGAGCCGAAGCUGGUGGGAAGCGCCGUGGGCCUGUACCUCUCUCCAGCCGUCAACUUCCCCAUCUGCGAGCUCCGGGUGUUUGGCACGUCGGGCCCUCCGGCGCCCCAGUGGUUCAACGUCUCGGGAGGCUGCCCGACUCUGGAGGGUUCGUACAACAUCUCGGGUACUCACGACGGCCUUCCUGAGUACAAAGGUGGCACCGGAAAAGGAUUGCUGCAGUUUUUUGAGACACAUCAGAGGUGGGUCUUCCGAGAGUCCGCUUCGGACGACAUCUAUGCAGAGGCCGUGUCCGCAGGAUCUCUGCCAGAGAUUCUGUGGAAUGCGGCAGGUUCGGGAGUUGCAGUCAAUUGUAUCCCACAGAUCGAAUUCGAACCGGAAGAUGCCUGCCUGUGGCUUUUCGGUGCUGCUGGCAGUGUCGACAAUCAGUACAGGUGCGCCGACGGCACCAUGGUUUCGGGCUCGGACGACUGCGAGGCCCAUGGCAAUCUGGCGUUCUGCCCGCCCAAUUUGCCAGUCAUGUGCCAAACGCCAUCUGAUAACCUCGGGUACGCCCAGUAUUCUUGCGAGGAGACCGAGGCUGACUGCGGUGCCAAUGGCCUCAGGCGUUGCCACGACAGCGUCAGGGCGGGCACCUGCACGCCCUCGUCGAAGAAGUCCUGCUUGGGCUCGCUGCAGACCGUGAGCCCAGUCGACAUCAAGACUGCCGGCGAAUACGUCAUGCACUUCGCCUGCAUCGACAGCCUCGGCCAGAGCGUGUCGAAAUACCGCACGGUUAUUGUGGGCUGCGAGGGUCCGAACCCGACUGGCUUCUUCGGGGGCAACCAGAUAGACUGCGACACCGAGCUGCACGACGCCAACGUGCUGUACAACGCCUCGGACUCCACGCAGUGCGCCGAGUUCUGCCUGACCGACGCGAACUGCGAGGCCUUCGAGUUUGACAACGUUGCGGUGACCUGCCGGAAGUGGAAGACGUGCUACGGGACAUACAGCCAGGACUUGGUCUUAUCGCGCGAGGUCGGGUACUGCGCCCGCGUGGACCAGCCGCCCACGGUGGUGCUCGCCGUCGCCGACUGCUGCGUGAACGUUGGCGACGUCUGGCCGGAGGCGAGCUACGGCUGCGAGGACGCAGAGGAUGCGUUCGAGCCCGCGAUGACCAGGGUCAGUUACCUCGACGUCGACAUGCCUGGAGUUUACGAAAUCGUAUACACGUGCACCGACCUUGCACAGAACACGGACACCAAGAGGCGAAACGUGACGGUGAAGGCGAACUGCCCGGUCCCCGUCGUCGCCAACUCUGACCAUGCUUGCCAAGAAACAGAUGGCGCAGGCGUUUACUUGACCGAGAUUCCUCAUGGGUCGACAUGUACUACCCUCUGCAACGGACAGUUGGACGAUGAAGUGGGUGACUCUGGUAAGUUUUUCCCAAGCAAAUUGGAGAUCAAUUGCGUCACCACAGGCGACAUGGAUUACCAGUCACAGUGGGAUUCGGUCUUCCAAUGUGGUCCGUUUCCUUGUGAAUCUCCCCCAGUCUCGAACACCAUCACCUACGCUUGCAAGGAGGGCAAGUUGUUCACUGGCCAGUGCACACCAAACUGCGAGUGCAACGUUGGCACGGUGGCGGAUAUGCGGAUGGCCAAGCUACGUACCCAUGGCAACAAACUCGACUGAUCUUCAGGGCCCCAUGUCAUGUGUGGACGGUGUGCUCACUCCACUCACGUUCCGGUGCAUGAGGCCCGCCGACAAACCGGCAUCCCUUCUUCUCGACGACCCGGGCUAUUUGGACAUGACGAUCCGGUGGACGGCAGGGAGUGACGCAGGACAUUGCACAUUCAGCCACUUCCACUUGCAGGGAGCGCUGAUGGAUGACGACGGCGUCUCCUGGGGGGAUUGGAUGAAUAUCGAGGGCUGUUCGAACAGAACGGGCUUCACGAGGAGUGCGGUCGUAAAGGUCUGCGUUGCGAUCAACCUGCUCGAGGGGCGAUCGUACAAGUUCCGCGUGAGAGAGGUGUGCGACGAGGACCUCCUCGUCAGCCCUUGGACGGAGUCCUACGCCGUGACUAUGGAAGUCGUCGAGAGUCCAGUCCUUUCGCUGAGAGUGCCAGAAACUGACGUGACGGAGGACCCAAUGCAGAUCUUGAUCACUUUCCAGGUCAACUGCAUCCCAGAUGUGGUUGCCCAGGCCACGCCUGGAGCCACGCCGGCUGGAUCGACCCUCAGCGUCAGUGACUGGCAUUGGGUCGAGCUGUGGGAUCCAGCAGACUCGAAGUUUUCGAUAACAAGAUCGGGCCAGUAUUGUGAUGAUGGUUAUUUUGAGACCAACGCGUCAAUGGUGGAAGUAAAUGGUCAAUUUCCGAAGGUUGACCUGACAGCCAAGAGCAUCUUGAUCUUCACGCUGCCUGAGGGUUUCUUCCAACCAGGUUGUGACUUUCGGGUGAUCCAGGAGGAAGGAUUCGUUUGCACAGAGACUUAUCCUACGAAAUUGUCCCCCCUCGUCAAUUUCACUUUCACCUUUAUCGAUGUCCAGCCGAGCUUAAUUGCCUUCGCCGCAGUCUCCAAAACGACCACCAGUGCGACUUUUGAGCUGAUGUGGGAUUUGGCAUCUACCUUCAACUGCACUGUGGGCCCGAAGGACGAACAGGAAUGCAUUCGUCUUGUGAAUGAAUCCAUCGCUCCGACGAAGGACCAGAAGUGCCGUUCGGUGAACGCCGAUCUGAACAUGGAGCAGGCGGAGGACGGCUUGUAUUUUCAAUUCACCGUGGAAGGGUUAUAUCCUGGGACAGAUUAUCAGGUUCGAUGUUCUGGGCACAAGCUGAAUAAGUGGUGGGUGUCCACAGCCGAAGAGUCUGCAACCAUGCAGGGACAGAUGCAGUUCAGGACUUCGGAGGACACCGACACCAACCUCGACACAUUAUAUCUGAACGUUAGCUCGCUCUGUGACGUAGGGGAUUGUAUCAAUCCUGAUAUGCGAUUGUGCCCCGGCAUUACAACAGUGCAGACGAAUGAGGAACAGUUAGCACAAGUGGAGGUAGAGAGCAUUGGAUACACGGUCUCUGUGGUUGAGUACAAGAAGAGUUGCCUUGGAACGGCUGAUUUGAACGUGGGCGACAACGCCCAUACGCAGGUGGAUUCUAUGGCAACUGCCGCCAGCCCGCACUCUAAAGUCAGGUGGAACCGACGGCGGCGGCGCCAGCCGUUCCCCGACGGCGUUGAGUAUUUCAAUUUCACGAAGCAGCCGCCAGGAGAGACUCUCAUCAUGGAGAAGUACUAUGAGUUCGAGGUGUGCCCCCUGGCAUACAACGAGAAACCGAAUACCUAUCCUUGCAAACAAUAUAAUUAGCAGUGCUUUGCAACAGUACGUCCGGACAGGGG